AUGGACGUAAAGACAGCGUUUCUAAAUGGCUAUCUGCAUGAAGAUAUCUACAUGGCUCAGCCUAAAGGUUUAGAGGACUUUGAGUACCCAGUACAUGUCUACAAGCUAAGGAAAACUCUCUAUGGCCUUAAGCAAGCUCCAAGAGCUUGUGUAGACAAGACUUUAUUUGUCAAGUCUACUGGAAAGUAUGUUACUAUAGCUCAAAUCUAUGUGGAUGAUAUUGUAUUCGGAUCUACUCUACAGAAGUAUACUGGAGAUUUGGUAGAUGUUAUGAAGAGAGAGUUUGAAAUGUCUAUAGUUGGUCAAUUGACUUAUUUUCUGGGUCAACAAGUGAAACAAAGCGCUGAAGGAUACUUUAUCUCUCAAGAAAAAUAUGCCAAGAAUCUGAUUAAGAAGUUUGAGCUGGAAUCGUGCAAAUCUCCUAGAAAACCUAUCUCUACUUCAACAAAGUUAUCAAAAGAUGAUGCAGGUCAACCAGUGGAUUCUAUUGUUUACAGAAGUCUGAUUGGAAGCCUUCUCUACUUAACAGCUAGUCGGCCAGACAUUAUGUAUAGUGUUGGAAUGUGUGCUAGAUAUCAAUCAGCACCCAAAGAAUCUCAUUUGAUAGCUGCCAAAAUGAUUUUGAAGUAUGUCAAGGGGAUUGUUCAAUAUGGUUUAUGGUAUUCAAAAGAGAGUGACAUGAGUUUAGUGACUUUCUGUGACGCUGAUUGGGCAGGAAAUGUUGAUGAUCGAAAAAGUACUUCUGGGGGAUGA